AUGAGUUAUUCUGCCGCGCAGUCUACUAUGACCCAUCUCAAUACCACCAUGGACCCUGACUACGAUUCUUUCCUCAAUCUCGAGAAUGACUUUACUCCUGCGUCGGCUUCCCCUCGCAUCAAGUCAGUCCCGAUGCUGACGCCUCAGUCUACGAUCACAAAUUCCGCCGCCACGUUUGCUUCGAGCUCGACUCCCCAAACCUUCCCCGGACCCAGUUUUCAAUACGAUGCUUAUCAUCAACAAACUGGUAUCCCAGUCGGCGCACUAGCCAAUACUUUCAACAUCAAUAAGGCGAACGGCUUAUACUAUCACGAAGGCAAUGGAGGAUUUAUCAUGCCCACGGAGACAUUGAACAUGCCAUUGAGUAACCUCGACGACUUCGACUUCUCUCGCAAUCCAUCCGACAUGGACUUUGAGGCCGAUUCUCCGAACGACGUUCCGACCAUGUUCACUGGCGAUCACUCAGCCGGUCAAGCCCAAUUUGUCAGCCCAACUACAUUGUUGACCCAGAACAGCACGUCUACUCCUACCUCACGCAUCUAUCCUGGCAUGCAUAGCCAGCAGGCCGCCCUGGCAAAGGCCCAGGAGGCGCAGAGGAAGGAGCGAAUGGCCCGUCAAGAGCAACAGCAACAGCAACAACGUCCGCAUGGACAGAAGCCUCUGCCAGGUCCUAUGCCUACCAAAUCGCCACAGGUGAAGGAUCCUUUGGUAGAAGAGAGUAUCACAAAGGUGUUGAAUCGCAUGAGACAAGCCAGCGUCGCUUCCACAGCGGACGAGGAGAAGACCCCAUCUUCCGGCACAUCCAGCAUGCCGCGUAUCAAGAAGGAUGAGGACGACAUGGAUGAAGACGAACGGCUCCUGGCUAGCGAGGAGGGGAAGAAACUCUCCAGCAAGGAACGCCGUCAGCUUCGAAACAAGGUUUCUGCUCGUGCGUUCCGUUCUCGCAGAAAAGAAUACAUUGGUCAGCUCGAAGGCGAAGUUGCCGCGAAAGUGCAGGAAGCCAACGAUCUCCGUGCCCAGAACCAACAACUCCGGGAAGAGAACAACCGGCUCACCGACCUCACGCGCAUGCUCCUGUCUUCUCAGGCCUUUGCAGGGUUCCUUCAAGAGCUUAGCCAGUCUGGCAUGCCGCCACCCAACAUUCACGGCAACAGCCAGCAGCAAAAUCCUGUCCAGUCGCAGCCCCAACCUCAACCGACCAGGAAGGACUUUGGUGCUCAUGAGGCAACGCACCAUAUGCACAACCCGCAACCUCAAGUCGGUAUGGCUCUCAUUCCGGAUACCCCUGUCGACUUCAACUCGUUGCAAUCCUCGACUUCUUGGAUGACUCCUCUUCCCACCAAUGACUUCCAGGUCUACGCCGUGACUGAAUUGCCUGAGCCUCCGGUGCUGGACUUAUCCGCUCUAUCUGGGAAAGGAAGCCAUAACAGCAGCACCUCGAUACCCUCCAAAGAUGUUCCGCAAUUACACGAUACCGCUCUAUUUUUCGACAGCUGCCCGUCAGAACCGAACGCGCCACAGGUCGAUGAUUCGGUAGUCUUAGAUCAGGAAGCUUUCACUUUGUACUUUGAUUCAAGCGCCACUGUUUCCGACGACACUGCUCAUACUGUUCCCCCAUCAACGGAAGAGCUUUCAGAGGAAGAGUGUCUGGCGAGACUGAACAACUGGUGUUUUGCUCUUGAUGAGGUCUGUAAUAGGCUCGCUUACUUCACUUCACACAUGGACUAA